AAUUCGGAAGUGGUGGGACCCCUGCUUGACUCUGGCAUGCCAAGGGUUAAUCCAAGAUGGCCGGAUUUACGGGUUCAUGCUUUGUAUCUUUUAAAAUGAAGGUGUCACGUAUCGCAUGGUUAUUAUGUAAAAGAACCGAGGUGAGGAGGCAUACGGUAUGUAGAACAUUCAUCAGUGGAUCCACCACCCGACAACAACAGCUAUCAAGCGCGAGGGGUAGUAUUUGUAGGUAUUCAACUGAAUCUUCAAUCAAUGGUUGUACGGCCCUGUUGUACAGAAACCACGGCGACCCGUCUCAAGUUGUUCAGUUGGAGAGCAUGGAGCUUCCCUCUGUUGGUGCUAAGAGUGUCCUUGUAAAAUUGUUGGCAGCCCCCAUCAACCCUUCUGACAUAAACAUGAUCCAAGGUUCCUAUGCCAUCCUACCUGACCUUCCAGCAGUAGGAGGAAACGAGGGGGUGGGCCAGAUCCUGGAAGUGGGCAGCCAGGUGAAAGCACUCAGACCAGGGGACUGGGUGAUCCCAAGAGAUGCUGGAUUAGGGACGUGGAGGACAGCAGCGGUUUUAGCUGAAAACGAUGUGAUCUCUCUGCCCAAUGACAUCCCCCUGUUCUCUGCAGCCACACUGGGCGUUAACCCCUGCACUGCCUUUAGGAUGCUCUCUGACUUUGAGGAGCUGAAACCAGGUGACACAGUGAUCCAGAAUGCAGCCAACAGUGGUGUGGGUCAGGCUGUCAUACAGAUCGCUGCUGCAAGGGGGAUCCAAACCAUCAACGUGGUCAGAGACCGGCCAGACCUCACACAGCUUAUUGACAGGCUGAAGGCUAUGGGCGCCAGUCAUGUGAUCAAAGAGGAGACCCUGAGGCGGCAUGAAAUGAAGGAACUUUUCAAGACCUGUCCAAGGCCUAAGCUGGCACUGAACGGAGUUGGGGGAAAGAGUGCAACAGAACUUCUCCGUCACUUACAAGUUGGAGGGUCGAUGGUGACGUAUGGAGGGAUGGCCAAGCAGCCAGUCACUGUUCCUGUGAGUGCCCUGAUUUUCAAAAAUGUGAAAGUCAAAGGGUUCUGGGUCACCCAGUGGAAGAGAACCCACUCUCAGGAUGAUGAGGGGGCCUUACGGGGAAUGCUGGAUGAGCUCUGCUCUCUGAUCCGCCAGGGAAAGCUGACCGCACCUGCCUGUUCUGAGGUAGGCCUCCAAGACUUCCGGAAAGCACUGGACACUGCCAUGCAGCCGUUCACCUCAGCCAAACAGGUCCUGGUCUUGUGACCCCUCUUUUGACCAGCCCCAGCCUUUCUCAGGGUCAUGUUCAUUAGGUACCAAAUGGAAGAAAACGGACAGAAACAGGAAGGAACUACCUGGACUUGUCCAAUAAGAAACAUUGUUUUGCACUGGGUGCCCAAUUUGAAUACGACCCUGCAUACAAAACGAAGUCCCGGGCACGUUCAACGGGUGCAGCCCCAAGACUGCUGCUUCAUCAUUGUCGGAAAUGCGUUGCUCAAGCACACGUUCAAUAAAUGUGUAUUUUCCGUA